GCCAGUAUGCCCAGCUCCGGUUUCAGUUUCACCGGUUCUUCUCAGCGCCACGAGCCAGACCUUUGCGAGGAGCACGAGGAGAAGCUGAAGCUAUACUGUGAAGAUGAUCAGCUCGCGAUCUGCCUGGUGUGCGGGAUGUCCCGAGGCCACAAGACGCACAACGUCAUCCCCAUCAAUGAGGCGUUCGAGAACUACAAGGACAAGCUGUCCAUAGCCCUGGAGAGAGUACAGCUCCAGACAGGACAGGCUUCUCUCUAUCAGGUCCAGACCAACAACAAGAUCAUGCUCAUCAAGGAGCGAGCUGGGGACAUGGAGGUGCAGGUGAGUGCAGAGUUUGGACGUCUGAGGGAGUUCCUUCUCCAGGAGGAGGAGAGAGUGAAGGAGAGACUGCAGAGGGAGAAGGAAAAGAGGCUCAACCAAUUGGAUGAGGCCCUCAAACGCACCACAGAGCAAAUCAGCCAAUUAGAGCAAACCGCCGACCAGCUUCACAUCAAACUCCGAGAGGAGGAGAACCCGGCACAACUCAGGGGAAUCAAAGAUUUUAUUGGAGGGACAGAGAGUGUGUUUGAGCGCCACCCGGAGGUGAGUGUGGAUCUGCAGGAGGGAGAGUUCCUGGGACCACUGCAAUACCGCACCUGGAGGAGGAUGAACUCUGGGCUUCAGCCAGGUGUGACAGCAGUGACUCUGGAUCCAGACACAGCUUACCCCAGGCUGUGGGUGUCCCCGUGCUGCACCCAAGUCAGUGUGGGGGACAUCCAGCCCAACCUGCCCAACAACCCGGAGCGCUUCACCCGCUACAACAUCGUCCUGGGCAGCCAAGCCUUCACUUCAGGGCAACACUACUGGGUGGUUGAGGUGGGCACGAAGACGGCCUGGGGGCUGGGGGUGGCGACCGCUUCGGUCAACAGGAAGGACGAGAUCAGCCUGUGUCCGGACGAUGGCUUCUGGACCCUGGUGAUGAGAGACGGGCGGGACGGGAGUGAGUACGAGGCCUGCACAAACCACGAGGAGAGCCUGCUGCACCCCCCUCGCCCCCCCAGGAGGGUAGGGGUGUACCUGGACUACAGGAGGGGUGUUGUGGCGUUUUACGACGCAGGAGAUAUGAGUCACCUGUUCACAUUCUCCGACGCCACAUUCACAGAGCCGGUGUUCCCCUACUUCAACCCCUGGCCAAUCAUCAACGGGAGAAACCGGGAACCUCUUAUUAUUGUUAGCCCAGACCCGGAGGUGUGAUAGAACUGUUAAGAAUAGUUAUGAACUGUCUGAGAAAUAGCCGAGAACUGUUAAAAUGUCAGAGAACACUGAAAACCAAAUACAAGAAAGUCGAACAAGGUUCGAAAAGCUGUGAGAAACAGCAUCAUACUCACUAAUGUACUAACGAUGUUCACUGUUUUGUCAGUUAUGUUACCAUGGAUAAUGUUUUUGUGUUUGAAGAGAGCACAUGCCAGUGGACUUUAAAGUAAGCCACAUGGAAAAAAGAAUUGAAAAGUACCUUAAAUAUAACACUCUUAUCCUUACAAAUGGACAGUGUGAACAUUAAAUGACAAUUUCAUAGUAUUAUUCUAUAAAGUAUACAUAGUAAGAUGACAGUGUAUUUGACUUUUUAAUAAAAGAGUAUAUACUGUACAUGUG